AUGGCGCCCCGGAUAUUCCCUCCCAGUGCGCUCCGGUGCUGCCAUGCAUCCCAGGCGUCGCCAGUCAGUUCAUUGAUGUCGUGUCUGGCCGGGCUGAAUCUGCAGACGCAGCAGACGCAGGUGCUGCAGGCGCGCCACGCCUCGAUCCUCAGCAACCUCGCCAACAACAAGGGAGCCGUCAAGGAGCGCAAGCGGGUGGGACGUGGUGCGUCUUCAGGACACGGGAAGACUUCUGGACGCGGUCACAAAGGUCAGGGACAGCACGGCAAGGUUAAUGCGUGGUUCCAGGGAGGACAGACGCCUCUGAUUGUGAAGCACGGAAGGAAGGGAUUUGAUAACUUGCGUGCCCCCGAAAUGUCCGAGGUCAACCUGGACAAACUCCAAGACUGGAUCAACCAAGGCCGCAUCGACCCGACCAAGAAGAUUACGCCCAAGGAGCUCAUCGAGAGCCGGCUGGUGGGCAGCGUUAAGGACGGCAUCAAGAUCCUCGCGCGCGGCAAGAAUAGCCUCCGUCAGCCUAUCGACAUUGUGGCCUCGCGCGCCUCGGCCGGCGCCAUCGAGGGCAUUGAGGCCGCUGGCGGCAAGGUGGUGACGCGGUACUACACCAAGCUAUCAAUCCGGCGACUCCUGUCGGGUGAGUCGGUGCACUCCGAAACCCCCCUACCCGUGGGCAAGGAGCACGUAGCCCGCAUCGUCGACGAGGCGCGCAAGGGUGGCUUCCGCUACCGUCUGCCCGACCCCACGAGUCGUGAGGACAUUGAGUACUACCGUGACCCGGCUCACCGCGGUUACCUCAGUCACCAGCUCAAGGAGGGAGAGUCGCCGUCGCUGUACUUUAAAGUCCCCGGUGAGAAGAAGAUUAAGACGGCCGUCAACAAGGAUAAGUUGAAAACCAAAGAGGAGACGAUGUGGUAA